AUGCGCUUUACCUACAAUCUUGCGGCUCUAGCUGGCCUCGUUCAAGCGUGGCCUACAUCAGAAGCACAACAUCUAGUGCCUCGCGCUGUGAGCGUCGUAGACUCGGAAACUGGUUUCACUUUCUCUGAGACCAAGGCGGCAGCAACUCUCUCAUCUAACAUUAUCUACCGUAUAGCGCAACCCGCCAACGUGCCAGCGGGACAACCCUACGACAUUGUUCUGCAAGUUGUCGCGCCCAACGCUCUCGGUUGGGUUGGUCUCGCAUGGGGCGGAAGCAUGAUCCGCAACCCUCUUACAGUGUCGUAUCCCAACGGCCAGAAACCGACCGUAUCUUCACGAUGGGCCACCGGCCACUCCACACCCCAACAAUACACCUCAGCAACCUACACGCCCCUCACAACCGGCAACAAGUCCAACAACACGCAUUGGCAAUUCACCGUAAAAUGCACUGGUUGCACAACUUACACCGGUUCCUCCGGCGCUGUGCGCAUUGAUCCCAGCGGCAGCAAGCGCUUUGGUUUCGCGUGCUCGCAGAGCAAAGUAUCCAACCCGUCUUCGACUAGCGCAUCAAUUCCUGUGCAUGAUGUGUACAACUACAUCACGCACGACUUCAGUGCGGGUGCGAAUCAGAACUUUGACGCACUGCUGGCUCGGAAUGGGGUUGCGAGUACGGGGGGCGCGGGGAAUGCUACGGAGAUGAUGUAGAAGGGUGAAUGCAGAGAGAACGCGGUGGGCUUGAGAGUGGGCUUGUAGAUAUCGUUGAGGCUUUCGUGGAGUAUACAUUAUAGAAAGUUAGAGUUGUAUCUUUCUCCGAAGAUGAUGAAUGCUGCUAUGUGCACAUGCCUGUGAGCUCUUGCACGCUGAAGCCAUG